CGCAUAGCCGAGGGAUUGGCGCGUUUUCUAGCCUUGCAGAGCGAUAGUUUUACAUGAUGGCAGGUAGAAAUCGAAUAAGUCGAAUGUUCAGUCUACUUGACAAGAAAGAUGGUAAUACAAGUACCGACAGUUUUUCUGACCAAACGCAGCUUAGUCUUGAUGAACUGCUCGUAAAUUCUCCGAAGACUGGUUGCUCAAAAGACGGAUAUUCACAUGAAGAAACUGUACAUGAUUAUUUGGAAAUUUCACCGGAGCCUGACAAUUUCACGGAUGCGGAUGUAACGUUUCUGAUCUGCUGUGAUAUAAUGUCAACCCUAAUAGACUCUUUGCCGUGCUUCGAUAAAGACUACAGUUCAGGAAGCAGCGACGACUAUAUUCCUGACUCUGAAGAAUGUGCAGAAUCAGAAGAUGACAUGGUUACAUCUCGCCGCCAAAUUUCUAGCAAUAGACAGAAUGUAGUUAUUGUUGAAUCAGAAUCCGAGGAUAAUUUAUCUUUUUGGGAAAAGGAAGGUGUGAAAGAAGGGCGAAAACGUAAGCCUAGAAAAAGUGAAAAAGAAAGAAGAAAGGACAGAGAGAACAGAAAGAAAAAGAGAAAUUUGGGGAAAAGUUACGAAACUAAAAAAGGUAAAAUUGUGAAAGAAAGAGAGUUUAAGAAGCUAGUAAAUUGUAGACUAAAAUGUGCUGUAAAUAUACCGGAAGAAUUCAGAAAAGAAAUGUUUGAAGCUUAUUGGAAAUUGGGGGACUAUAAUCAUAGGGUUCAAUAUAUUAGUAACUUAAUUGAAUUAAAAAAUAAAAAAACGGGGAAACUGAUAGUAAAAAAGAAUAUUCGUCAAUAUGCUAACAAUUAUUAUUUAAAAAAGACCACAGAAUCCUAUCGCAUUUGUAAGGGUUGUUUUCUAAAAACAUUCGACGAAACUCCGAAGUUUGUACAAUUGGUAACUGACAAACUAAAAGUCAGUGAAGGACUAGUGCCCAAUUCACCAAGAGGAAAUAAUCCGAGUGCUAUUAAAAUUAGUGAUGAAAGACUCGAAGGCGUGAAACAACACAUUUUAUCGUUUCCUGCAUACGAAAGUCACUAUGGCCGAUCUAAGACCACAAAAAAGUUUUUACCACCUCAUUUAUGUCUCACAGACAUGUAUAAUGCAUAUCGGGAUGUCACCGAAAAUCCAGUGUCACAAACCAUAUAUAACUGGGUUUUUAAAGGACAAAAUCUUUCCUUUAAAAAGCCAUACGUAGACACUUGUGUUAAGUGCGACACCCUUGAAAUGCAAAUUAAAUUUAGUGAAGGUGAACAAAAGCUGGCUAAUGAAAGUCUCAAAGCAGAACAUUUAAAAAGAGCAGAAACUAUUUAUGACAGGAAAGCAAUGGACAGAGCACUUUCACUUGAGAAAUCUGACACAUUUGUUGCUUCAUUCGAUUUGCAGCAAUGUUUACCUACACCAUAUCUAAAGUCAGGUGCUGCGUUUUAUAAGCGACAACUCUGGACUUUUAAUCUGACAAUAAGGAACUGUACCACCAAUAAACCGUAUUGUUUUAUGUGGCAUGAGGGUAUUGGUGGCAGAGGAGCUAAUCAAAUAGCAUCCUGUGUAUACAAUUACAUACUUAAUUACGUUCCUGAUGGAAUAAAGCAUUUAAUUUUUUAUUCGGAUUCGUGUUCCGGACAAAACAAGAACAUUCAUAUGGUGUGCAUGUUUUUACUUGCUGUCCGCAACCAUCCCAGUGUUGAAACUAUAACACAUAACUUUUUUGUGCCUGGCCAUACCCAUAUGGACUGUGAUGUAGACCAUGCACUAAUAGAAAAAGCAAAAAAGAAAACGCAAAUGGACAUACAUCACCCACGAGAUUGGUACCAACUCGUUCGGACAUGCGGAAAAAAACAAUAUUUUACUGUUAUUGAAAUGGAAACUGAACAGUUUUUAGAUUUUGCAAGUCUCCUUAAAGGUCCGCUGAUACAAAAAAAAGUCGAUGAAGAUAAAAACAAAUUCAGCAUUUCAGAGACUGCCAUCUUUAGAUACAAUCGAGAAGAAUUUCCUAAAUUCCAAUACCAGGGUUAUGAAAGCGAACACUGGAAUACUGUAAGCCUUCUUAGAAGACGGGGGAAGUCUCCAAUGCCAUGUAGUGUUUUUGAGACUGGAAACAUUGCGCGUUGUUAUGACGGCCCGAUACCAAUAUCGAAAGAGAAGAAGAGCGACUUAAUGUCUCUGCUACCACUCAUUAACCCAAGCGUGAGAUCCUUUUACGUAAAUUUAUUGACUUCUGAUGAUGUAAUUGACUCUCAUCCUUUGGAACCUGUUGACAAUACCUUGGAAUAGACACAAUUUCCGGAGCUUUGUGUCGUUCGUUUUGUUUUUUUCGAAUUUAAAUGAUAGCUGA